AUGGUAAAUGCCCAAAAAUAUAUAAAUCAAAAAUUUCUAACUAAGGAAGAAAAUCAAAACCUAACUGAACUAAAUCUUAGCGACCUCUCCAACUUCCCUAAUCUCGAAAAACUCGAUUGCUCUUUUAAUGAAAUAACUUCCUUAAAUCUCACCAACUGUCCUAAAUUAACCGAACUUAAAUAUGCUUUUUCUAAGGCUCUAACCUAUAUCAGCAUCAGUAACAAUAAUUUCUCUCGGCAGGAUUUAUCGGCAUUCAGCAAAUUCACUAAUUUAGAAAAUCUUUAUUUGGGUAAUGACAUUGAAGAAAGAAUAGAAAAAGGAAUUAUUAAUCGUUUUCAUGGCUUUUUAAAACCUUUAAAAAACUUCCCUAAACUAAAAGAGUUGCAAGUUGAAGGAACUGAUAUACAUUUAUUAGAUAAUUUAAAAAUUAUCAGUAAAGAAGAAGCUGAAAAAUUACGAAGAACUAACCGAGAUAAUUUUUCAGUAAUCCUUAACGACAUUCUAAUUAAUUAUGCUAAAAAGGAAUUAGGACUUGAUUUGACUGCUGAACAAGAGGGAGAAAUGGAAAAGUUGGGUAGUGAUAUUGCUACUAGUGCCCAAGCAAAAAAUGUCAGGUUAGAAGAAAAAAUUCAAGGUAGUGAAGAUAAAGAUGGUAAAACUGAACUAACUUCUACUUCUAUUACGGUUGCCGGAGGUGCAUUAACUUUACUGGAUUAUUCAACUACCGGUGGAGUCAUUACUUUGGUGGCUCCUUUAAUUGGGAUAUUAAAACAAGUUCAAAUAGGUGAGACCGGGAUAGUAAAUAUAGCUCUAAAAAAUUUAAAAAAUGAAGUUGAUAUUUUCUUAAAAGAAUAUGAUAAGGAUGGAAACGAAGAAAUAGAUAUUGAUGAAUUGACUAAUGAACGAGAAAAAUUUGUUAAUGAACUAAUUAAACUGGAAGAAGUCGCAAAAAUGAUGAAAAACUUGGAAAAAGAAGUCAUUAAUUAUCGCCAAGGUUCGACAAAAAAAGAAUUAGAAACUCAACCGCAAAUCGAAGUUGAUAUUUCUGCUGAUAAGCAAAAUGAUAAUCAAACUUCUUUGAAUCAAGAAAAAGUUGAAGAGGAAUUUCAGGCUAAUAUUGAAGUUAAUAAUCAAGAAGAAAUCCGCCAAAGACAAACUUGUGAUUAUGUUCUUUACACCAUCACCCAAGAGAUGUUAGGCUUCUACGCCAUUGCCGAAGUAGUAGAUGAUAGUAAUAAAAGACCUACCAAAACUAUUUUUUGUUAUUUAGAAGAAGGAUUUGAAAAACAUCAGAUAAAGUCUUUACAAGCCAUUGCUCGCAUGGUAAAAGAGAAUGGCGCGAAAGUAUUUACUAGUUUAGAGGAGGUGGCGGAGUAUUUGAAUGGUCAGCAAGAAGUGCAAGUAGAAGUUCUGCCUAAAUAA